AUCCGUAUGCGCGCCAGCCCCCGCCCACAGUCAUCGUCCAACCGUUCAGACCCGUCGCGAGCCAUCCACCUUGCCACUAAGUCUAACUGCGUCCCAACCGGACGGCCUGCCGGCAGCCGACGGCCCCCGGGAUGGCGUUCCCCAACGUCUAUACGCACCGCAAGGUGGCCGAAACGAAGGCCAAGUCGUGCGACAUUUGCUUCAAGCUCAGCUCGAGCGUGUUGAUCACCCCCGAUAACAAGGAUUGGUUCUACGUCUGCCCCGCCCACCUCAAAGACUCCGGCUUCUGCACCCCCAAAGUCGACACCGCCGCCAUCGAGGCACGCAAGAAGCGCAAACUCGACGAGGAAAUCGAGCGCGUAAAGAAGGAAUACGAGGAGAAACAAAGGAAAAAGAAAGAGAAGCAAGAAAAGGGGCAGAGCGGGGAUAACAAGGACGAGAAAGAAGAGAAGAAGGAUACGGACGACAAGCCUGGCGAAGACGGUAAAAAGACCCAGAGAAAGACGAACCAGGGCAGCAAGAACGACGCGGAUGCCGCCGCGCGAGUGGAGGAGGAGAAUACGGAGGAGGAGCCCCGCGUGUUUGAGCUCAGGAGCACCUUCUACCAGCAGCGGUUAAACAAGAAGAGGCAAGCCGAGAUUGCCAGACGGAACCGCGAGCGGCUGCAGGAUCCCACCUUCUUCCCGUCGGUGCCCAAGAACCUCCCGUCAUGAUGCGGCCCCAAAGGCCCUGGUCCAGGCCGGGAUCAGCAUGCCGGUCAUGGAAAUAGAACGCUACGGAGCCCUACGCAGUACAUUGCCGUUUCUCGGAACGCAGACGCUCUCUGGCGUGAGGUA